AUGGCAAAGGCUGAUCCUAUAGCUAAAAUCAAGCUUGCUGACUACUGGUGUAGUUUUCCAAGAGACCUUCAGCACUUGCUGAGGCAAUUUGAUAAUCUCAAAACCAUUGUUAUCCUGCCUUCUUGGGAUCGAAGACUCCAAUGGAUGCAGAGACAACGCUACCGUGAUACCGCAACAGAACAUCUGCUGACAUUUUCGUGGUUUGGAUGCAUUGAUCACCACUUCCAAUGCCAACGAGUGGCCGAAAUUAACGAAGUUGCAAAUCUCCAGUCUAUUCUUGGAACGCUCAAUAACCUCCGGGACCAGAUUCAACAGCUUCAUGUUUUCAAUCUGGGAUCCGUUUGGCUGAAUCUUCUUUCACAGCCGUACGAAGCCACAGGGGCUCUUGAGGUGGUCACCCCAAUCAAUCCCGAAACUCUCGUGAGCAUGGAUUUAGUCGGACGUCACGCCGCGGAGUUGGCCGUGUAUUCCUGUGCACUAUCAGACCUGAUUUGGUUCACUCGUGUUUUUGAGAAUCUGGUACAUUUAUGCUUGGAAGGCGUCGGUGCGCGAGAUAGCAACGAGGUCACACUGUUCGCAGCUUCCUUAAAUCGCCAGCUCUACCCAGGGCUUCGGAAAAUCACAGUGAAGUCCUCUAAUUUACCCCCUCGUGACUACCUUUCUCUCUUUCAGGCUAUCAAAGAUCACGAGGGCUUACGAGAUGUUUCUAUUGAGCAGGUUCAUAUACACUGCUGGGAUAGCACGGUAGGCAAAGACUUUACUUUCAGGACAGACGCGAUGCCGGAGAAUGAUAUGCAACAGAAACUACGAGAAUACUUUAACGGCACAUUGCAGAUUGAGGAGUGCUGGAUAGGGAUGUUCACUGGCUCAGGCUGCUCACAUUGUUAG